AUGGCAGCGGCGGUGGAUGUAGCCUAUGUGGCCGGCCACCUUGGCGUGCCCGAAUCCACGGUUUCGACAGCCACCACCGAUCCAACCCCCGAGCUUGUCGCAAGCCUCCUUGAAGCCGUCAUUGCGAAAGCCCGCGAGCAUGACGAGCUUUACGCCCAGAAACUUCAGGUCGACAUCGAACUCGAGAGUGCCCACCACAGCGCAGAGUCCAGAUGCCAGUCCUUCAAGGCCACUGCCGACAAGGCACUGAAGGACGUCGAGGAAGUCCGUCAAAAGCUAAAGGAAGAAGGUGCGUUGGCCAUGCGCCAUUGA